CGCAUCUAUAUGAAAUAUAAUAAAAUUUAAUCAGUUUUUAUGUUUUAUUUCUCUUUGUUUUGUGGAUAUAUCAAACAAUGGAUUAUCUAUCAUUGACAAUCGUAAAAUGGUAUUGGAAUGAGGGGGAAAGUCCUUGGGGGAAAUCUGCUUAUCAAUAGCAGUUUAACAAGGUUGAGAACGAAUGACAAGCAGUAUUUACUUGUUUCAAGUGUUACUAUCAGAGAAAAAACUUCUUACUGGAAGCAAAAUGCGCAGGAAGCUUUGAAGAAACAACUUAAAGUAUCCCAAAAUAAAAACGUGGCCAAAAAUAUAAUCAUGUUUCUCGGAGAUGGUAUGUCGAUUCCCACGUUAAUGGCAGCGCGUACUUACUUAGGACAACUCCAUGGAAAGACUGGUGAAGAGAGUAAACUUUAUUGGGAAAAUUUUCCGCACACUGGCUUUUCAAAAACAUACUGCGUCGAUCGCCAAGUACCCGACUCAGCAUGUACCGCUACUGCCUAUUUGUGCGGCAUCAAAGCUAACGAAGGUACUAUGGGUGUAAAUGCGAAGGUGACGCGCUCGGUCUGCGAAGGUCAACUAGACGAGAGUAACCAUGUCAGUUCGAUAGCUGCUUGGGCUCAAGAUGUUGGUAAAUCUGCAGGUAUUGUUACCACUACUAGGGUGACCCACGCGUCACCCGGAGGAACCUACGCUCAUAUAGCUGACAGGGACUGGGAAAGUGAUCAGAAGGUUGUCAAGGCAGGUUAUAAUUCCACUGUAUGUAAGGACAUUGCGACGCAACUGAUUACGAAGUAUCCUGGCAAAGACUUCAACGUAAUACUCGGAGGAGGACGACGGGAAUUCCUUCCGAAAGAUACGGUAGACGACGAAGGUACUUCGGGCAAAAGAGGAGACGGUGUCGAUCUAAUCGAGCUGUGGAAACAGGAAAAAGCAGAUCGUGGUAAAAAUUAUAAAUACGUCUGGAAUAGAAAGUCUUUGCAGCAGGUGAUUGCCAAUCCUGAAAACUAUGAUUACUUGUUGGGAUUAUUUGAGGCAAGCCACUGCACUUAUCAUAUGGAAGGACCAGCUUCCACAGAGCCAACAAUAUCGGAAAUGACGGAAGCUGCCAUUAAGAUACUUCGCAAGAAUAAUAAGGGUUACUUCCUCUUUAUCGAGGGUGGACGUAUCGAUCACGCGCAUCACGAUACCUGGGCGCAUCUUGCUCUUGAUGAAACUCUCGAACUGGCUAAAGCCGUUCAAACGGCUCGUGAGCUUACGUCUGAGGAUGAUACAUUAAUAGUAGUAACAUCAGAUCACGCACAUACUAUGUCCGUUGCCGGAUAUCCUUUACGUGGCAACGAUAUAUUCAGUAUUGCUGAGACCAGUGAUAUAGACUUCCUACCGUAUACUACUCUCAAUUACGCUAAUGGUCUGGGAUAUAAAAAACCAACCAAUAAUGGUACGCGCUACGACGUCUCCGACGAUGACAUGACCGAUAUUUAUUAUCGAUACCCUUCAACGGUUCCACGUGAUUCGGAAACACACGGCGGGGAGGAUGUAGGUAUUUUUGCAAGUGGACCUUGGUCGCAUCUAUUCUCCGGCACUCUCGAGCAACACACCAUUCCUCACUUCAUGGCUUAUGCAUCUUGUAUUGGACACGGAGUCACCGCCUGUACCUAGAAACCUGACAAAUUAUCACCAUUACGAAAAUCCGACUGUACCGAACGCAUUUAAUCUCCGUUUUCGAUGCUCUUUCCCGAAUGAAAUGAAAUAAAUUCAAUGUGCCAUAUAUGUGACAACAUAUGUGACAUAUACCGCAUAUAUGUCGCGGAAAAAUAAAUAAAUUUUUUUAAAAUAUA